CUGAGGGAGGAGUUUCGGCGCAAAAGUGUACUGCCAGUUUGGGUGAGAAAGCGGCUCGUGCGGAGCGGAAACUGCAGCUGUGGCUGACACCCCGUGCGCUUUCACACUCCGUUAGCCGAGUCGCUCAGUGCCUGGUCCUGUUUUACGCCUUCUCUCUGUCUCUUUUUUCUCCCACUCACCCGUUUAUCGGAGUCGGUAGUGUGUUCGCUGUAGUUUUUCCCCUCUGUUAACGGUUCGGCGGUAGUCAUGGCGGACGGCGCUCCGAGCAGCAGUGGCAGUGAUGGAGAGGAGAAGGGCGCGCGCCUUCGGGGGUUCGCGCGGCAAGGCGCGCUCCGUCAGAAGAACGUGCACGAGGUGAAGGACCACAAAUUCAUCCCGCGUUUCUUCAAGCAGCCAACCUUCUGUAGCCACUGCACCGACUUCAUCUGGGGAUUCGGGAAACAAGGAUUUCAGUGUCAAGUUUGCUGUUUUGUGGUACAUAAGCGCUGUCAUGAGUUCGUCACUUUCUCCUGUCCCGGAGCAGAUAAAGGUCCGGCAUCAGAUGACCCACGCAGUAAACACAAGUUUAAGGUCCAUACGUACUCCAGUCCGACAUUCUGCGAUCAUUGUGGCUCCCUGUUGUAUGGGCUCAUUCACCAGGGCAUGAGAUGUGACCACUGUAUGAUGAAUAUUCAUAAGCGUUGUGUUGCUAAUGUGCCGAGUCUGUGUGGAACCGAUCACACUGAACGCAGGGGACGCAUCGAGAUCACCGCUAACAUCAAGAACAACUUACUCACCGUAUGCAUCAAGGAAGCCAGAAACCUGGUCCCGAUGGAUCCGAAUGGGCUUUCUGACCCCUAUGUGAAGCUCAAACUUAUCCCUGAUCCAAAAAGCGAGAGCAAACAGAAGACCAAGACUAUAAAGUGCUGCCUGAAUCCGACGUGGAACGAAACCUUCACAUUUAAUCUGAAGGAAUCUGAUAAGGACCGUAGGUUAUCCGUGGAAAUAUGGGAUUGGGAUUUGACCAGUAGGAAUGACUUCAUGGGUUCCCUUUCAUUCGGGAUCUCGGAACUACAGAAGCAAAGUGUGGAUGGCUGGUUUAAACUGCUGAGUCAGGAAGAGGGUGAGUACUUUAAUGUGCCUGUCCCACCCGAGGGAGAUGAAGGAAAUGAAGAGCUGAGACAAAAACUUGAGAGAGCUAAAAUAGCGUCUGUUGCUAAGAAGACAGACUCAUCUGUAUCCAAGUUGGACAAUAAUGGAAAUAAAGACCGGAUGAAGCUCUCUGACUUCAACUUCCUCAUGGUGCUUGGAAAAGGGAGCUUUGGCAAGGUAAUGCUGGCUGAGAUGAAGGGAACGGAUGAGUUAUUUGCUAUAAAGAUUCUGAAGAAGGACGUGGUGAUUCAGGACGAUGAUGUGGAGUGUACUAUGGUGGAGAAGAGGGUGUUGGCACUUUCAGGAAAACCUCCUUUCCUCACACAGCUGCAUUCCUGCUUCCAGACCAUGGAUCGUCUGUACUUUGUAAUGGAAUACAUUAAUGGAGGAGAUCUGAUGUACCAGAUCCAGCAGGUUGGAAAGUUCAAGGAGCCACACGCAGUGUUUUACUCUGCGGAGAUUGCCAUAGGCCUGUUCUUCUUGCACUUGAAAGGCAUCAUAUACAGAGAUCUGAAGUUAGACAAUGUAAUGCUGGAUGCUGAAGGUCACAUUAAGAUUGCAGAUUUCGGGAUGUGUAAGGAGAACAUGUUAGAGGGAGUGACCACUAAAACAUUCUGCGGAACCCCAGAUUACAUCGCUCCUGAGAUCAUUGCGUAUCAGCCGUAUGGGAAGUCGGUAGACUGGUGGGCGUUUGGGGUUCUGCUGUAUGAAAUGCUAGCUGGACAGCCCCCAUUUGACGGAGAGGAUGAAGACGAAUUGUUCCAGUCCAUCAUGGAACAUCACGUGUCAUAUCCCAAAUCAAUGUCUAAGGAAGCAGUGGCCAUCUGUAAAGGACUAAUGACAAAGCACCCUGGAAAACGUCUAGGAUGUGGGCCAGAGGGAGAAAGAGACAUCCGAGAGCACGGUUUCUUCCGCUACAUGGAUUGGGAGAAGCUUGAGAACAAAGAGGUUCAACCACCAUUCAAACCUAAAGCUUGUGGCCGAGAGGCGGAGAAUUUUGAUCGCUUUUUCACACGUCACCCCCCGGUGCUCACUCCACCCGACCAGGAAGUCAUCAUGAACCUCGACCAGGACGAGUUCGAGGGUUUCUCCUUCAUAAACUCUGAAUAUCCUAGCACAGAAGCUCAGAGCUAAUUAAUACUAGCUUUUAAAUGAACUCUGCCCCCAAACAUCCUAUCAUUUUAGCCAAUCAUUCUUGCUUCUGCUGGUGCACGCCCUGCUCCCUACUGGCCACUUGGCUGAAGUGCUUAUGAACAUAGAUCAUGACUAUAAAAUAAUCAGAUGCAUGCAAAACUUGCUCACUGCAGACCUCUUGGCUGUAACUUACUAUAUGCCUAUAUACUCAGAUGCAUGUAGAACCUCUGUAAUAACUAGGUCAUUAAAUAAUAUGGAUUUUAUUUAUUAGAAUACCUGUAAAUAACAAGACAGGACGUCAGUAGAGGAGAUCUCCACUUCCUUCAGGAAUGCUCCAGUUUUUCCUCAAUUAUCCACUAUCUCAAGGAGUUCUCCACUUCUUCCAGGAUGCAUGAGUGACUUCCUGCAGCCACACAACAAUGUGUGCUUCCAUCCAUCUGUUUAGUAGGCAACAACAUAGUGUUAGCUCAUAAAGUAUCCUGAAGAAGGAAUCUAGGAGGGAAGGAAGCAAGAACGAAAGAAAGAAAGGACAGAAGGAGGGAAGAAAGAAAGAAAGCCUUGAAAGAAAGACAAAUAAAAAGACAAAAACAAGGAGAGAAAAGGGAUGGGUGGAGUGAAAGUAAGGAAGAAAUACAAGUAUAUAGAACAGAAAAGUGGCCAUUGGCAAGAAAGAUUGCCUAAACAUUUGGAUGGAAAUUGACCAAUCAGCUCCCUGCAUGUCUUUUACAUCAUCUGUGAAUGGGAUUCAUUAAUGUGAUGCCACUAACUU